CGCAAACUGAAACAGAAAAAAAUUGAAAGCGCCUUAAACAAACAGCCUCCCUCUCUACUUGACUCGAAAGAAAAAGACCGAGAGGGAUUAGGAAAGAGGAAGAAUAGCUUGAAGUUCAGGCAUUGCUUGGGCAAAACGAAUCAGAAGAAUUAACUCAGCAGUCGACAUUACCGAUGGCUUCGCAAGCUGCUCUUGAAAAAUCUUCACCAGCAGCUGCCUCGCCGCCGGUGGAUUCUAAAACUUCCACAGCUGUUGAUUCUACUCCCGAUCCUUCCAACUCUGACUCCACYGCAGUUCUGGCUCCCGAAACUACCUCAUCUUCCGACAUUAAAAGUGAUGCUAUCAACAAAAACACACCAUCUUCCUCUCCAUCAAUAUCAGUACGACCCCGUCGAGGUUCUUCCGAUGAGUUUGGUGCAACCGGAUCUUUGGGCAGUAUCGCCGGGAGUGCCGUGGGAUUUGGCGGGAGUAGUGUGGGUUAUGAUGGUCUUCUAUCGGGACUUGGAGUUAGCAGUAACAGCAGUAGUCACGAUAAAAACAGCAACAAAGAUGGCAAAAACAAGAACAGCGGUAACAGGGAUGUCGGUGUGGGCAACAGCAACAAUAAUAACAACACUAUCGGUAUUAUCAAUACCCACAGCAGCCUCAAACAUCGAACCUCACCGAAUGGAAGGCGGCCUUUUAGAAAACGGAAGGCGUCUGUCGACUUUUCAUUUCCCGCAUUAUCCAUUGACGAUGGCGAUUCCUCGUAUUCGGUUUCGCAAUUGUUGCCACAACAUCACGUGCCAGGAUUAGCACCGAAAGGACCCAUGGCAGCAGCAGGUGUAGCAGUAUCUUCGUCGUCGGUGCUCAUGCUUCCAUCGAAUGCCAACCGCAGCCGUCUAUACUCGGAUCUUACAAUACCUGAGUCCUUGUUGGCAUCGACACCCAAAAAUAAUCCAAAUUCCUCGUCAUCUUCGAAACAACAAAGGCUGCAGCAGCAUCAACAGCAGCAAAAGGAAAAAGAUAAAGACAAUCCGCAGAAACCCAAUCAAGACCAACCACCUAAUGACGACAAACACCAAAAAAUUUUGCAAUCCGUAGAUGCUCUACCAGCAAUGGGAGAAGAUGAUUCAAUACCCCCGAUUGACAACGAUACGCAUUCUCUGUUGGCAAAUCAUCCUCCUAGUCCAAUAAACAGCGCAAACCCAAGUUUUCCAAGUUCUCGAAAAGACCGAGGCCUUUCGUUUGCAUCUUUGCACUCACAAGGACAAGGCCUUGAUCGAUUGGAUAACUUGGGAGUCGAAGCAGCCAUAUCCGCGGCUAGAAUAAGAAAGGGAUCUUCGGUGGAGUCCGACAAUAAAAGUCAAACUUCAAAAGAUACGAGCUACGAUGGCACAUUGGGUUCUCAAUCCCACCGCUUUUUGAUGGAGGCAUUUUUGGGGGACGGAACAGAAAGUCUUGUAUUGAAUCCAUCACAGCGGGAGCGAUUGGCAAGUUUUGAUGCCGCUACCGAGGCUGCCGGAAAGCCACCACAUGUCGCUAGCAGCAGUAAAGACAAUCACGGCAAUUCUCACCAAAACAUGAACAAUACGCUCAUGUCGCGAGAACGUCUAAAUAGUAUUGGGGGAAGACGGAAUCGGUUAGAAUCCUGGGGUGGAAUGUCUGACCUAUCUGUCGGAAAUUUUAGGGCGGAUCAAAAUUUAGAGAGUUUCGGGUUUGGAUUUCUCACAGGCGACACCAAAAAUAACAGCAACAAUAAUAAUUCUCCUGCCGCCGUCGCUUCUUCACCAGCAGCAGGAGCAUCAACAGACAAAACUGCAGCAUUAGCAGCUACAAUUUACACAAGUUUGGCCAAUGAUGUAACAGGAGCAGCAAAUGCUGACGGAGGUGAAUCUGUCUCAUCAUUUUUUGUCAAUGAUGAAAGGAUACCAACAAAGAUAUCAAUCAAUAAUCGAGAUCGCUUGAACUCAAUAGCAUCGAUUGGCACAGAUGCAUCCGCUUUGCUUCGAUAUUCCGCAAUGAAUGGAGAACUCACUGAUGCCGAAUUUCCAGCUGAUGUUCAUACAUUUAUUCAGGCUACUAUGAAUUCUGUUGAAGAUCAAUUAGCAGAUUUAGCAACAGCAGUGGAAGCAGUAUCAAAAGACACGAAAGGGGAUAACGACAGUGAAAUAAGUAGCACUGCAUCACCUCUUAUUGGAGCUGCCUCUGACGUCGGUUCCAACAGAUCAACAGACUCGUUGACAGGUCGUCCUAGAUCUUCUUCGAUUAAUUCUAUGUUGCAGAUAUCUGUUGACUAUGAUGCUGUUGCGGCUGCUGUCCAUGCGGCAGAGGCCGCUGCUGGUUGUCUCGAUCUAACGAAUUUUUCAUUAGCCGACGGUUCUUCAACUUCAUCUCUCGGGUCACAAAGGAAUCACAAGAAGCGGUCACUUCCAAUUCACAAAAAACCGCCUCGCAUCAAUAAGAAAAAAGGGGCCUCAAUGGGAACUUCGAAGAAGAAACGAGCCUCUAUCACAGAAUCAUUGGCGUCAGCUAAGAGACAGUGCGUUGAUUUUUGCCAGAAAUCGCAAUCACCAACCCUAACCAAAAUGGACGACCAAGAAAUGGCYAAACUACGAGAACGAGCGAGAGCAGCAGCAGGCUAUGUACCUCCAGUUGGCGGCAACGGUUCGGUCAAAAUGAGCGGGUUGCCACCCAAAAAACGCAGCUCUCUCGCACCUACGACACCGCUGCAUCCUGCACGACCCUCUAUUGCGGGAAGUGCAAAUAAUUUCAAUACGCCGACCAUUUCAAACACGGCUGCCUCAAAACACACAACUCCUGGUUCUCUAUACAGUAGUGGAACGCCAGCAUCAUCUACCAAGGGACAAUCGAGUCAAAAAUGGGAAUCUAUGUUCGAAUGUCUCUUGCAAUUUAUUGAGCAACGAAGGGAGGAUUCAACAGCCGGUAUGACGGAGGAACAAAAGUCGGAGUGGACGUGGGAUGGUAAUGUUCCCACGACGUACAAAACAAAAGACGGAAAAGCCCUUGGUCGAUGGGUGAACAAUCAACGUUCCGCCAAAAGUAAGGGCACCCUCAAAGAAGAACGGGAGAAACGUCUUGUAGACGCUGGUCUGAAGUGGAGUGUGUUGGCAUCUAAUUCUUGGAAUGAAAUGUUGGAGGAACUUCGUCUUUAUGUUGCAGAUCAGAAUAAGCAGGGGAAAAAAUGGGAUGGCAAUGGUAAGACCUGUCAGCUGUCUAGCGUCUAUAGAAGUAGAGAGAGCAAAACUAACUUGCGUUUCUUUCGUGCCGUUGUAUGAUUGCUCUCCGACGUUUCCCGGUAUAGUUCCAACAAAUUUCCGAAUUAAGGUUACAAAAGAUAAAACCAAGUCUUUUCUCAAAGAUGAUGACGAAGAUAAGAAUCUAGGUCGGUGGGUAAAUCGACAACGAAGUAUGUUCCAAGCUGGAAAGCUUCGUAAAGAUCGUCAAUUAGCUUUGGAAAAAAUCGGUUUGAAGUGGUCCAUGUUGGCAACAACAUCUUGGGAAUCAAUGUUUGAAACUCUUUGCCAAUAUAUCAAGGAAAAGAAGAAGGGCGGAAAUGAAUGGGACGGAAAUGUUCCAGCAAACUACAGGACAGAAGACAACCCUCCCAGAGCUCUGGGACGGUGGAUUAAUCGUCAGCGGUCCGCCUAUGGGAAGAGCAAACUGAAACCAGAGUAUGUUGUUAAGUUGAAUGAAAUCGGUUUGAAAUGGUCGAUUCACGAAAGGCGGCCCACUUACCAUCAAUAUAAGGCAGACGGUUCGAAGAGCUCCUCGGCGAAGGCUACAGCAGCUUCGAAUGCUGCAAAACCUCCACCAUCGAAAAAGGGAACACAACCUGCAGUGCCCGCAGCACAAAAGGCCUCAAAAUCUCCAGUCACCGCACAACAAAACGCCGUGAAGUCUUCAACACCAGCAUCACAAACCGGUGCAAAGCCACCAUCUGCUGUAACAGAAAGCUCUGUGAAGUCCCCACCAGCAGUGCUACAAAGCGGGCCAAAAGCUACACCAAUUAYGGUACAAAGUGCUCCAAAWCCUACAUCAAGUGUAGUGCCAAGUACAACAGCAACUAUCCCAACUACUGUACAAAGCUCUGCGAAAACCCUCGCAACCGUGGCACAAAACUCUAUGAAACCCCCCCCAACAGGAACACAAAACGCUACAAAACCUAUCGCAACUGUAGCCCAGAACGCAACAAAACCUCCGGUCGUUGCAACACAAGCCAAUCCAGCAAAACCUGUGGCAACGCCGCAAAAGACCGAAUUAAAUCCGUCUCAGACAGUCGUGUCCARUCCUGCGAUAAAGACGGAGGUUUCAAAUGACUCUGGCACAAUCGUGUCCGGCAACCCCCAUUCUCGGAUCAAGAAGGCACCAAAYGAAUCCAGGUCGUCAAAAGUUGAUGAGAAGUCGAAACCAUCCAGUCCUAGACCAAUGGCUAKKGCACCUGGUAUUGAAACGAUGAAGACUGAUAGUGCCAUCAAUGGAAAUCCAGCAUCAGGAGAUCUGAAAAGCAUACCAGAGGUCAAAGAGGAACUUUGAUCCAUUUUCUUCCCAGUUUCGGCUCGAGGUCCAACGCCAACGAACCAAGUUAUGGCGAUUCACAAAGAAUUUCGGAAGGAAGCAAGAGGCGAUUGAACUAUGCCUUGACUUGAAACGAAAGAUUCGAGUUGSCAGUCGGUCGAACAUGUACUAAUAAAAAUCACAGAUUUUU